CUUGGCUAGUUUCAGCAGAGUGGAAAGGGGAAGAGAAGAACCAAGUAUUUAAAGACUGGAACGAAUGGAAAACCAUGAAUGUGGGAGAGAGAGAAUGAGUAUUAUUCUGGGAUCCUGAUGAAUCCUUUUCACUUUUCUACGAGAAGGUUGGUUUCUCAAAUAUAUUGCGGACUUAAACCUGCUUCUUCCAAGAAACAAAGAAUUUGCUUUGAAAUGGCUCGGCCCAGUUCAAAUAUGGUUGAUUUUCGAGAAGUAUUUGCUAAAGCAAAGCAUAUAGCUAUUAUUACAGGGGCUGGUGUAAGUGCAGAGAGUGGUGUUCCAACUUUCAGAGGUGCUGGGGGAUACUGGAGGAAAUGGCAAGCUCAGGAACUGGCUACUCCAGAAGCUUUUGCAAGGAAUCCCUCUAGGGUGUGGGAAUUCUACCAUUACCGUAGGGAGCUUAUGAUGAGUAAACAUCCCAACCCAGCACACAUUUCCAUAGCAGAAUGUGAGACCAGGCUAAGCAAGCAAGGCAGAAGCGUUGUGGUCAUCACACAGAACAUUGAUGAACUCCACAGGAAAGCUGGAACAAAGCACCUCUUAGAAAUUCAUGGUAGCUUAUUCAAAACCCGAUGCACCAGUUGUGGAAACGUGACAGAAAAUUACAAGAGUCCAAUUUGUCCUGCUUUGGCUGGAAAAGGUGCUCCAGGUCCUGAAGCCAAGGAUGCUGGGAUCCCUGUGGAAGACCUCCCUCGGUGUGAAGACUGCAGUGGCCUCUUGCGCCCUCAUGUUGUAUGGUUUGGAGAAACUCUGGAUUCUGAUAUCCUUACAGCUGUUGAAAAAGAACUUGAAAUUUGUGAUCUUUGUUUGGUGGUUGGAACCUCUUCAUUAGUAUAUCCUGCUGCUAUGUUUGCUCCUCAGGUGUCUGCCAGAGGAGUGCCAGUUGCAGAAUUCAAUAUGCAAAGCACUCCAGCUACGGAUAAGUUCAGUUUCCAUUUUGCAGGUCCCUGUGGUACCACAUUGCCCCCAGCGCUUGCUCGCCAUGAAACUGAGAUCAUUUCAUGAACAUUCUUCACAACCACAUAGGAAAAGAAUCUAAUUGCUGAAUUCCAACAGGGUGCAAACACAAAAUGAACUUGUAAUAUGCGGAAAUGCUUUAUAUGUACUUGGGAAACUGAAUCUGAUGAUACUAAACCAUGAUUCUCAGCUUGAUUACAAGAACAAAUGAAGGACAAGAACUAUCAUGGACACUGGCAUUUGAAAGGCUGUUAUAUAUUUUGGGCAAAAUUAUGUAAAAUGAAAGUGUAAAAAUAUUAACUGUUCAGAACACAGUGUUAUACUGGUGACAGCAGGUUGUUUGCGCUUGUAUCUAUCAUACUAUGUUUAAUGAAUUGAAAACAGAAAUAUCACUUUUACUGUAUACUUUAUGAUUCGCAAAGUAAAACAGCUGUAAAAUGA